GUUUGCAGCUAUGGUUUUAUAGAUGUCAACUUGUAUUGUCAACAAUUUUCAUAUCUAGCUAUUGUAGCCCUUUAUAAUAUUUACAGAAGAUGGUGAUGUUUCUUUAAACAUGGCGAAUAUUGCUAACCCUGCACCAUAUACAUAUAAACGAGAAAGUGCAGUCAUACCUACCAUAAAAUCAGAAUUAUUUAGUAAUCGUUUAAAAGCCGCAAAGAAUUUAUAUCGAAAAGAUCUUUUGUGCCAUUUCGGGUGUGUAAAUGCUAUAGAGUUUUCAAGCAAUGGCGAAAUUCUCGUAUCAGGUGGAGAUGACAGGCGUGUUAUGGUUUGGAAAUUUGGGCAUGCAAUAUUAGAUCAUGGUAAACCACACUCAUUAAAAGCAGUUCACCAAUCAAAUAUUUUUUGUAUUGGAAUUACUAAUGACAACAAAAAGAUUUAUUCAGGAGGGAAUGAUGAUAUUGUAAUUGUUCAUGAUGUGGAAAGCAAAAGUCCACUUGAAGUACUCCAACACCAGAGAGCUGUAUGCUGUCUUAGCAUUGAUCCGUUUAGUGAACGUGUAGUUUCAACCGCCGGUAAUGAUGGAAGACUGCUGCUGUUUGACACCAGGAGAUCUGUUCAUGAGUCCUUGGUUAUAUCACGGAGUCGAAAAGCUUUCCACGGGGUAAUGUACCACCCGCAACAAGCUGGAAUGCUUGUGUCUGCAAAUGCAAGGGACGGAAUUAGUCUGUGGGACUUGCGUUCACCUAAACAGCCAGUUGUACGUUAUAGUGGAAAGAAGGGUCCCUAUCAGAACAGCAUGAGCGUUUGUUUUAAUUCAACUGGCACUCACGUAUUAGCCUUAAGGCGACGACUUCCACCAGUACUAUAUGCUGUCCAAUCGCCAGAACCAGUUGCUGAAUUCUAUCAUCAAGAUUAUUAUAAUUCGUGUACAAUGAAGAGUUGUUCCUUUGCGGGUCAGAAUGAUGAAUAUGUGCUGUCCGGUUCGGAUGACUUUAACAUCUAUGCAUGGAAAAUCCCAGAUGGUGGAGGGGGAUCUGAAUUGGCUGUCGAGCCGCCGCAUUUAAUUCUUUACGGACACAGAUCAAUAGUUAACCAAGUGAGGUACAAUCGACAUUACUGUACGAUUGCGUCGUCGGGCGUUGAAAAAAUUAUAAAAGUUUGGUCGACCAUUGAGUACCCGAAAAUGCGCGGAACUCUUUUAGAAGAAGCUCAGGGAUCGGACAAUCCCCGGGAGAUAUACAGCCACGAGGACUACGUCUCGCUUGUUCAUCACAGCGGACAGUACAUAUCGCACAACUACGCGGAGCAGUCGACCAACGAGGACCCGCGGAUGAUGGCGUUUUUCGAUUCUCUGGUGCAACGCGAACUAGAGUGCCUCGCCUACGACACGGACUCCUUGGACGGCUCCUCGUCGGCUGCUUCCAUGCUCGAUCAGGACUCGGAGUCGUCAGACACCGACCAGAUUGUUGCCGACUUCUUACCGCUGCCGCCGAAAAGAGAAAAUCAAAAUGGAGCACGCAGUCAACGAUGCCCCAAUCGCAUGGCUCGCCUGGUGACGUCUCGUUACAAUAAGAACGUACGACCGCAGAAAAGAGACGCCCUCAGGCGCAGCAAGCAGCCUCGCAGCGCGGGCAAGUCGAGUGGCAAGGGCAAGGGCGUGCGCACCCGCGCCAUGCGGCGCCCGGCGCCCCGCCCCGCGCCCCCCGCCGACCGGACCGACUCCGACGAGCCCGCACGAGCGCUCUACAGGAACUCCGCCCGGAUGAUCAGACCGGUUAGAAGACGACAGAACUCCAGUAGGUCCGUUAAAAGAAAAGCCAAAACAAAUUGUUACAGAAGAGUCUCGAAUUUAAGGAACAACGGUGGCACCACACCCCAAGAUAGUAGCGAUAACAACAACUGUACGAACUACGACAAUUACGAAGACAACAUGGCGUUACCCAGUACAAGCUCAGGUUACAGAGGUCAAAACGCACCGGCGCUGUUCCGGAUAGCCGAGGUGGAUUCCGACGACGACCAUUCGGCCAGCAGCAGGCCCCUGUCGCCGGGCAAUCAGAACGCGAACUACGGCGUCCCCCCGAACCUGAUCAGCAUAGUCCCGACUCCGGUCAACGGCUCGCGUGACUCGUUGGGCGAGUCGCUGCGGCUCGAGCCCCACGAGCACGAGGGCCACGCCCCCCCGCUCCCCUCCGAGAGCCGCCCCCGGCUGAACCUGCGCCGCGUCAGGAGAAACGGCCGCGCCGCUCUGCACCGGUCCGACUCCAGCGAGUCGCCGCCCUUGAAGGACGAGACCGAACGCGCCACUACCUCGCUCGAAGGUCGACUCUCGCCUAAAAUCGGCUACAAUCAGACAGUAGCGCGGCUCAUGAAUGAAACGAACGAGAGUGAGCUAGAGAGUAGUUGUAGCACGGAGAGCGGCGCGUGGCCCGUCCCGGUGGCGGGGAGUGCGGGGGGCGGGGGCGCCGGUCCGAGCGCCAAACCGCCCGAGGACGUUUCCGACGACUCUGACUUCCACGCGGUCAAGUUUCGUCAGCGCGUCAAAAAAUCACGUCGUAGUUAUAAGAGCCACAUGGAAUCAGAUUCGAACUGAGAUGACUGUAGAUAAAUUAUUAAAAUCGUCUCUUAUUAGUUGUUCCACUGUAAGUGGACACUAUUACACUGCUAUGGUAUUAAUUUAAAAAGGAUUUUUUUCCGAUGCACGGAUUAAGUUUCCUACAAAAGACAGAUGAUCUUGAACAUCUUUUAUUGAUUUUCCUAAUGUGCUGUGAAACUUGUAU